AUGGUCAUUUCGUCCAAUUCGCCCAGGUCAUUUUCGCGUAUGAAUGAAUCAGGAGAGCUUUGGUGAGUUACUUUUGGGAUUUUUUUAUUUUUGUUCUUUAAAAAAAUAAUUUUAAAUUUUUUUAUCGUUAAAAUUCACUGAACCUUUAUUCAGAAUUUUUUUCAAUGGUUCAGAAAACCCUUUAAGUUAAUGUCAAGUUCGGAUUUUUUCUUGAAAAAAAAACUUCCUAUGAAAAAUUUAUUGGGUUUCCAAGACAAAAAUAUCUCAUAUUCUCAAUUUUUGCAGGACUCUCUAUCAAUCCACUCAACGCCGAAUGGGCUCCACACCAGUUGCUUCAACACCAAAAACGCCCAGCAAAAAUACAAUGAGGUAGGUAAUUUUUCAUUUUAUUUUUAUAUAAACAACAAAAAAAGAAACAUAUAUGUACAUAUGCUAAUUAUAGGCCGCCGGAAACACCAAAUGUCACAAAUAUUGGUCUGGAAAACGAUGAAAAUAUUGGUGAGUUGGUUGGAAAUAUACAUAUUUCUUCUUUCAAGAAAAAAAGAAGAAGAAAACUAUUUUUAUUUUCAGAUACAAUAGAAGAUACUAACAACUUAUUGAUCCGAUUUAUGAAAAAAUGUGAAAGUCUGAAGACGGAAAAUUUGAAUUUGAAGGAUAUUGUGAAUAAACAAGCAGCGACUAUCAAAGAACUCACAGCUCUUGUGAAAUCGAUGAACUCGUAAGCUUUUUUGUAAUCUUGCAAAUUCAUAAAUUUCCAAAAAUAUUUUGUAGAACAAGUGAGAUGGAAUCUUCUGAAUCGCAUGAGAAAAGUACAUCGUUGAGUUUGUCAAAAUCCGCCAAAGUUCAACGAGUCACGCCCACAAAAAGAGAGACAAGUAGCAGUAGUAGUUGUGUAUCGACGCCUGCAGCAAGUUCAACAACUCCGAGAGCUCGGUUGAGUAUGCAAAGAGCAUCAAGGAGAACGACACCAAUCGCUGUUGCGACUAUUGAAACAAGGAACACGGUAUGUAUUUUUGGAAAGGGCAAUCAAAAACUUGAACCACAAUCAUCCCGAAGGUGGAAGUACAUCACUGGCUUUCAAUUCUAACAACAACAUUCGAAUAUGAUAAAUGUAAAACUAUCCUAGAAGUCACUGUUCUCGUGUUUCCAGUUCAUUCAUAACUUUUUUCUCUAAUUACACUGAAACCAUAGAUUCACAAAUGUUGAAUGUUUCUCUUUUCAGAUAAUAUUUCCUGAACCUUAGAGGUUUAUAAAAAUCUUGCAAUCCCGAAUCUUGUCUAAUUCAAGAUUUCAGAUCGGUGUGUUUUCCUUAAGUUUUGAUAUGUUUUCUCAAAACAAUAUUAAAAAACGGUCAGGCACUUUAAAAUCAACCUCAACCAUAUAAUUUUAUUUUUCAAAUUUCCUCUAAAAACGUUUCAGCCAAGUUAUAAAACCCCACAACUAACUAUUUCGCAAUAAUAAAUAUUUUUCUCACUUUUCCAUAAACAACAUAUUUUAUUCUCUCAAAAAGAAAAAUUGAUUUUCAGCCAACUCAGCGUCAACGAAUCUUCCCGCCAGUCACACCAAACCUGCCUUCCACACCGAUUCUUCCACAAUCACAGCCGCAAAUCAGAACGACAACAUCAACAAUCAGAAGAUCACAACCAAGAAGGCGACUUUUUGAAGUUGAACAACAUCAUGAAGGUGCGUUUUAAAUUUAUUCAAUGAUUUUAUGUAAUUUAAAAACAAUUUUUUAGCGCUUCAUCGAUCACACAGCGAGCCAGCAAUCGAACAUCUCAAUAUUUCACCAAUGAAAGACGAUGCUUGGGGAAGAGCAUGUCCUCCAAGAUUGCAUCUUGAAAGAAAUCGUCCAGAGUUCAUUGAACGGCUAGAAGCUCGACAAAGGAUCAUAAAAGCUGCAGCUGAACGCCGAGCCGAAAUUGAACAUCGGAAAAGAGUAAGAUUUUUGCAACAUUCUAAUUCUACUGAGCAAAUUUGUCGUUUUAGAUAGCUGCACGAGCUGUUGCUACCGGUCAACGAAGUGCGGAAAGUGUGAGCAGGGAUUUAUUUGCUGAUUCAACGACAAUUCGAGCAUUUUAUGAGAGAGAUAUGAGAGAGAUAACAUUGCGAAAUAUCCGGAAUUCUGAUCAAUAUCGAAGUAGAGUUUGGCAAAGAAUGGCGAAAGUUGAUCAAGCGGCUAAUAGAAUUAUUGCACAAACGCAUACUUUGGUAAGUUUUUUUUCUUGUUGAAAUUCAUGCAGUAAAUUCAAUUUCAAUAUUAUUCAUAUGAAAUGAUUCAACAAAAAUUUUGUUGAAUUUGAAAUAUCAUUUACAUUUGACCAAAAAAAAAUAAAUCAGUUCAUAGUUUGUUCGAGAACUGAAACUCAAUCAAAAUAUUACUUCAAUUCAAAAAAUUUUUCAUGAACAUGAGAUGUAUGAACAAAUAAUCUGAAAGUCGCGUUUCUCAAAAGCAAAAUAGCAUUUUUCAGAGAACCCGCUCAACUUCUCGAACUCGACGACGAUCUAAUGCAUGA